UUCAACAACAGUUGUUGUAUUUGUAUUAAUGGGAAUAUUUGAUUUGUUUGUAUGAUUUUUUUAUCUUAAAACUUAAUUAAUUUAUUAGUCAACUCAAUUGUUCGUUAUUAUUGUAAAUUAUUUCUAGCCAUGAUGGCUACUCUUAGCCAUUGUUUUAAACCUUUUUGUAAUCAUCUGUGGAAACGUAAAUCUUUACUAUUGGCAAUUGUGAUUGUAGUCUCUUUUGGUUUAGUUAUUAUUCAAUAUAGAGAUGUUACUUCUUCACCUCUUUCAUCAUCAUCAUCACUCUCAUCUGCUGUAUUAUAUGGGCCAUCAAGUGUUAAACAAAUGGAAGCAAAUAUGUUUAAUUUAACUCAAAACCGAGCUGUCCUACCUAAACCGUUACAUGUAAAUAGUAUAAAUGAAAUUCCUGGUGCUGCUGCAUCCGAACCAUUUAGUGUAAUUAAUAUUGGAGAUGGUGAGCCUUCAGAUGAAGUAACCCGAACUCGUAGGAACAAGAUUCGUGAAAUGUUAAAAUUCGCAUGGGACAAUUAUGCUAAAUAUGCUUGGGGUGAAAAUGAAUUCAAACCUCUAUCCAGAAGGGCUCACCAUGGUAGUAUAUUUGGUAGAGAAAAAAUAGGUUUAACAAUUAUGGAUGGAAUGGAUACUUUAUUCAUAGCUGGCUUGAAAGAUGAAUUUAAUGCUGCUCGUGAAUGGGUAGAAUCGUCAUUUACGUUAGAAAAUUUUGGCAGUGAUUUAUCAGUUUUUGAGACAAACAUUCGUUUAGUCGGUGGCAUGUUAAGUUGUUAUGCAUUAACGGGUGACAAAUUAUUUCUUGAAAAAGCUGAUUAUGUUGCCGCCAAGCUUUUGCCUGCAUUCAAUACGCCAACCGAAAUACCUUAUGCAUUGAUUAAUUUGCGAACCAAUUCUGCAAAAAAUUAUUUUUGGGCUUCAUCGAGUGCUUCAAUUUUGUCUGAAAUUGGCACUCUCCAUCUUGAGUUUGUUUAUCUUUCUGAAUUGACCAAGAAAGCUGUUUACGCUGAAAAAGUGAUGAAAAUAAGAGAUCAUUUGGACAGCAUGGAGAAAGUUAAUGGAUUAUAUCCCAAUUACAUCAAUCCCAAGACAAAAAAAUGGGGCCAUCAUCACAUUAGUGUUGGAGCUUUGGGAGACAGUUUUUAUGAAUACCUUUUAAAAGCAUGGGUCCAAUCGGGUGGAGAAGAUGAAAAAGCUCGUAGAAUGUAUGAUGAAGCUAUCGAUGCCAUACAGAAGAAUCUACUCAAAACGUCGAAAGGAGGAUUAUCUUAUUUCGCUGAGUUGAAAUACGACCGAAUAGAACCCAAAAUGGACCAUUUAGCUUGUUUCAUUGGAGGUUUAAUUUCUCUUGGAGCUCAAUCUCUGGCACCAGAGGAAAAAGUAAAAGCCAUGAAAGUUGCUGAAGAUGUAACCAAUACUUGCCAUGAAUCUUAUAUAAGAACAGCUGUUGGCUUAGGUCCUGAAUGUUUCAGGUUUACCGCAGAUUUGGAAGCAACAGCAUCACAAUCGGAAAGAUAUUAUAUUCAAAGGCCUGAAUUAAUUGAAAGUUAUUUUUACUUAUGGAGACUCACAAAAGACCCCAAAUACCGCGAAUGGGCCUGGGAAGCUGCUGAAGCCUUUGAAAAACACGCUAAAGUUAUCGGAGGUUACAGUGGUCUUCGAAAUGUUUAUGAACUAAAUAGCCAAAAAGAUGACGUUGAACAAAGUUUCCUUUUUGCUGAAACUUUCAAGUAUCUUUAUUUAAUUUUUUCCGAUGACAAUUUUAUUUCUCUCAAUGAAUGGGUUUUCAACACGGAGGCUCACCCACUUCCAAUUAAGGGUAAAAAUCCCGCCUACCCUAGUCAAGAUGGAUCUUCUGAAUGAUGAUGACGAUGAUGAAAUUAGCAACAAGAGAUGAUUAAAUAAUAAACAAUUACAAGCUUAACAAAACCAGUGAUACUAAGGGAUUUAAGGAAGCAACGUUUUGACAUAACUUUUUUACGAUUUUGUGCUGUUAAAGUGAUUUUUUAUGGAAAUACAGAUUAAAAAAUACACUUGAAAACAAUUGACUCAUCAACACGCACAUCUUUCACAUCUGUUUUCAUCUUUGAAACUAAAUAACCAGAAAAAAACAAGACAAAAGAUACACAAGACAAUUAAACCAUUGAAACGCUAAAGCCAACAUACCUGAUGAUUUUGAAGAUGACAAUGAUGCUCAAUAUGGUCUCUAUGAUGACUAUGUUUGAUUGAUUGAAUUACAGUGAAAUUAAGUGGAUCAUCUUCCUGUUCAGCUAAUGAACUCUUUCAUCUUACCUAUGAAGACAAGAAAAGUUCUCCUUCUUUUCUUCACUAUUCCUGUUCAGUCUGCCUUACAUGGAAAUAAUUCGAGAAUAAAAUAGCAAUCAAAUGAAAGACUCUUCUGAUUGAAUUUUAACCAACCUGUCAUUUGAUAUUCAUUUUUAGUUGUGCAAUUCUUUGAAAAUGAAAAACUUGUUGAUCUAAAUCAGACAAGUAAUAUUAAUCUUAAAUACCUUCUGUGACCUUAGUUUCAUUUUAAAUUGUUUUCUUUCUCUUAAAAUUUAAUGCUUUUCAAACAGUUUCUCUCCACAUCUUUUUCAGUCUCUUGGUUCAUCAUUCAAACUCAAAUGGCAACUGUUAUAUUAAUUUUCAUUCCAAAUCCCCAAUGUAAUUUGAAAUAUCCACUGUAAAACAAGCUUAUCCUUACUUCCCAUUAGGGUCAAAAACCAAACCAACGAAUUGUUUCCACACGUCUAUAAUUCUGAUGCUUAAAACUCAUGUCACCUCUUUCCCUAUCUUUCUAAUCAUUUUAUCAAUGUUUUCUUCUUUUCCUCUAUUGUUACCUCGAAGCUUAAAAAUAUAGUUAUACGUGUCAUUUAAUAUGAUUACUUUCAAUGUAACCAUGUUUAUGCCACAGUCCAAUUUACCAGAGUUUUUUUCUGUCAUUUAACCAUAUUUUGUAAAUAAAAAUUAUGAAACAAUUAUAAACAACUGAUUUGUUGAAAUAAAACCAAUUGAAUUUAUCGA